UCAUAGCCCUGGGUGAGGGGAAUAAUCGUCCUCAGCUGCCCCAUCUGGCCCGCAGCCCUAGUUUGAGGAACCCUGCUCUGGAGGCUCUAGUUUAUCAAUGCAUCUCCUAAAAUGUUAUGUCCAAAACUCAAACCAGUACAACUUGUGAGACUCGACUGAGGAUUUUCAACUCCCUCCUUCUGAGGCACUAGGAUUUCCAAGAUGGUGUUAACUUUUUGGUGGCUCUCUCAUGCUGUUGAAGCUUGAGUUCCAUGAUGCCCCCCCAGAGCUUUUUCCCAGGAACUAUAACUUUAAUUAUGUGCUACCCAUCUUGUACUUAAAAACUGGAUUUUUUGAGGUCAAAAAUCUUAUGGGGCAGCUAGGUGGUGCUGUGGUGAAUAGAGCACUGGGUCUGGAGUCAGGAAGAACAGUUCAAAUACGAUCUCAUAUACCUAUUAGUUGUGUAACACUUGACCCUUUUUCCCUUAGUUUCCUCUAUAAAAUGAGCUGGAGUAGGAUGCAACAAAUGCCUUUUUAGGAAGGUCUUUGCCAAGACGACCCCAACUGGGUCAGGAAGCAUUUUAAUAUGUCUGGCCCAGCAUUUCUCAAAUUUGGAGCUGGAAGUCAUCUAGUCCAGCUUCUUGGUCUAGGUCUCGCUGCUGCUAAAACCAAGCUAGGAUUUGAACCUAGCUCCACUGGCACCUAACCCAGCAUCCUUUGCCCAAUAUCAUUUAGUCUCUAGCCUGCUGACAUCAUCUUGAAUUCUUCUCAGUCAGCAUGUUCCACUCUUCCUCACAACUUUCUGUCAUCCCCAAAUGGCAUGGCAUGUCCUUUUUUAAAUCAUCGUGGAGCUCAUUGAACAUCACAGGGACAAAUGUAGAUUCCUGGGGUACUCCCCUAGAGACCUCCUUCUGAGCUGGCCCCAAACCAGCAAAUCUGUCUGGGUUUGUUGUCAUUUCACCAUUCAGUUCUACUGAAGCAUAUUAUCAUCUAGGAUAAUGGCAUGAGAGACUUUGUCAAAUGCUUCUUAAAAUCUUGGUAACUUGUACCCCCAGAACUUUUUGAAUCCUGCUAGUCUAGUACCUCGUUUCAAAGAGAAAAUAAGGUUAGUCUGGCACAGCCUGGUCUUUGCAGAGCUGAGCUGGCUUUGUGAUGACCACUUCAAAUGUUCCCUAAGCAUUCCUUUAAUAAUAUGUUCUAGAAUUUUUCCAGGAACUGAAGUCAAGCUCACUGGGGAGUCUGUUAUUCCUUUUUUAUAAACCCUGGCCUGCUCUUUUUUUUUCCUUCAAAAUUGAGCUAUUUAUCUUUCGCUGAUCCUGUGGAGAAUGGGAGAAGUGCCAUGAUUUCUCAGUGAGGGUCAGCAGCUACAUCUGCCAACUGGUUUCAGUGCCCUGGGCCAAGCGACUCAAAUCUUCUAGGCUAGUUAAGUACUUUCUUAUUGUAUCCCUAAUUUUCUGGGGUGUCAACUCCCUAUUAAAUGUUUUUCUUCUGUCCUUACCAUCCCAAAGAUCAUUCUCCUUGGCUAGGAAAAUCAGCAAAAUAAAUGAAGCAGCUCUGCCUUUUGGCUCCUUCUUCUAUGCGUUGUUCUUCUUGGACCCAGGUCUUCUGGAUCUGAGGUCCUUGCACCCUUGGACAUGAUCUUCUUCAUUCUUCCUUUCUUUUUCAAAACAUGUCUUACUGAUGUCUCUCUGUUUUGAUAUUAUGAUCCUUUCUGGAUAGACACUUUCCUACCUUCUCUUGUAACAAAGAAAGCCAAGUGCUUCAGUAACCUCAUUUGACAAUGUAUGUGUCGUUCUCCCAGUUGGGGGCUUCUGUUUCCUUCUUUGGGAUCAUCAUUGGUUUUCUAGGUGCUUAGAGUUCAGUGCCAUUAAAAUGUGCUUCUGAUUCUGCUUAUUUCAUUCACUUUAGCUUCUAUCUUUUUUCCCGUAGGCCUUGAGAUUCCUUGUAGUUAUCAUUUCUUACUGCUGGGCUCUCAGAAUGUGGACAAGGCCCAGAAAGUGGUUUAGAAGCACCAGUGACAAGUGCCCCCACCCCCAGCUUGGUGACCAGUUGGACAAGGGAUAUCAGGUCAUGGGUAUAGAGUUGCCCUGGGAAUCAGAAAGCCCCAAAGGCAGGUCUCUCCUGGGGCACUUGGUUCUGUGGCAAAAACAGCCAAGUCUCUUGGCCUCUCGGUGCCCUAAUCUAAGACGAGGGAAGCUGCAGAUCUGCCUAGAUAGAGGGAAUGGCCUAAUGAAAUUACAGGACCACCUUGUCCCCAAUCAUGAGUGAGCAGAGAGGCAUGGCCACCAUGGCCACUGAAGGCCAAAGAUUAGGUGUCCUGGCACUCCCCUUGUUGAUGAUACUGGAAAGAGAAAUUUGGAGUCAGAAGGCCAGCAUUGUCAUUUACAGUCAGAGGGACCCCGGAUAAAUCUUUGAGCCACUCUAAGUUUGUGGAGUUACUUUCUACUUGAUGGCAGGAAAAACUGGCCAGCACUUCCAGCUGUCCCGAAGUGGAGUGGGUGCUCAGAGAGGCCUUUGGGCUUAGGCCAGAUGGGCAGUACCUGCCAUGUUCCACGUCUAGAAGAGGAGGGGGCCUAGAUGAUUUCCAAAGGUUUUGCCUGGCCCUGUGGUCAGUGGGAUAAGAUGAGGACAUUGGGGGUCAUCCUAGUCGGGUGGAGCUCAAACUGGUUGAAUGGGAGGUGAGUGUGUGAUUCAACAAUGUUCCCAAUGAUUUGGGGGAGGGCAGGGAUGGCGCACUUAGUCAGUUUGCAGGUGACAUGAAGCCGAGGAGCUUGGCUGAUAAUUGAAAAGGACCUUGACAGACUGGAACAAGGGGCUGAUCUAACAAAAUAGGAUUCAGUGAGGAAAGAUCCAACUGUGAGGAGAGGGUGGCAACACAGAGAGUCAAGUGUGUUAGUGGCCCCCACACAGGGUGACAGGGAGGCUCCUGAAGCUCUUGCAACCUUGGGAUUAGAUUGCUGGUGGAGCAGGGGCCGGAAGAAGGCGGUGAUAUCCUCCAGGCAGUUCUGUCCUAGCCAGACCCCAUCUAGAGUAGUCUGUCUCCCCUGGGUGCCACAUUCAGAGAGUAGACAAGCUGGAGAACAGCAACCAGGAUUUUGAUGGGACUUGAAAUUCAUUGUGGAUCAUUCAGAUGAGAUGAGGAAGCAGUGGAGGCCCAUUUUAAGUAUGCUUGGCCCCCCAAAACGGACCAGGUCCAGAAUAGCCAAGAGGCAAAUUUGGGCCAUGUGUAAGGAAAGUCAAUAUAGAAGGAGUUCCUGAACGUUUUUGUUUCCUUUUCCCACCCAGCCCCCUUUACUCCCUUGUCCCCUAACAGUUCUGCUCAUCUGAGCUCAUUUCCCAAGACACUGGUCUUUUUACUGCCCUGUCCCCUGUGAUUAUCAUAGGGGAGGCGUCCAUCCCAUCCCAGCCACCACCACCCUCCCUCUGGGCAGCCGCUUGUAGAAUCAUAGAAUGGGCCAAAAGUUACCCAAGGAGUUUCAACUCUGGAAGAAAAUGGAUCGCUGGGCAUGCAUUAAAGCACCUACUGUGUGUGAGGGAGGCACUGUGCUAGCUGCCUGGGUCGGGAGACUUGAUGGAGGGUGCCACUUAAGGUUGCAGAUGACCCAGAGCUGGAGACGCUAGCCAGUACCCUGGAUAACGAGACAUCAUGCAUUAAGGGCCUGACAAUUAGUACCUUGGGCUGAGGAUGCUCAGUAAAGAUAACAUGUAAUAUCUUACACUGGAGGACCAGAAGUCAAUCUCCCAGGUACAAGUGGAACUGAAAAGUAUUCUGGGCCUUUUCAGUGACUUUGAGGGCACUCUACAUCAAGUAUGAUAGGGCCAACAAGUGAGCUACUGAGAAUAGAGGCCAGGAAUAAGGAGGUGAGGACCCACUGUUCUGUCUCUUCAACAGAACACUUCUGGAGUCCUCUGCUCGCUUCUAGGUCCAUGGCUUAAGAAGGCCAUCGAAGAAGUUUUGGAGGAAGGCCGCCAGGACAGUGAAGGGACUUGGGUCCAUGCUGUGUGAACAUUGACUGAAGGAGCUGGGGCAUUUAGCCUGUAGGAGAAAAGCCUCAUUGGGACAUUAUAACCUUGAGCAGGGAAACUUCCUCUAUCCCUCUGUCAGGGACACAGAUUGAAUCGGAGGCCCAGGGGACUGUCGGUUGGGUGUAGAACAAAUCAGCAUUCCCAAUCUUUUCCCUUAAGGAUCCACAGGAGACUAGCUGAUGGCAGCUACCCUUCUGAUGGCUAGGCCCCAGGAACUGGUGACAUUCAAUGACGUGGCGGUGUAUCUCUCGAAGGAGGAAUGGGGCCAACUGGACCCUUCUCAGAGAGCCCUCUACAAAGAUGUGAUGCUGGAGAAUUAUGGGAAUGUGGUCUCCCUUGGUUUUUCUGUUUGCAAGCCUGAAAUGAUCUCACGGCUGGAGCAAGGAAAGAUGCCCUGGGUCUCGGAACUGCAGAGAACAGAUGAUCGGACCACCUGGCCCGAUGAUGGACCGGAGGAGGGCAACAUGGAAUCUCUUCAUAAUCAGGAAAUAUCUAAAGAUGAAUCUGGGUGGAUUUUGUUAGCGGGGAUCCCCAGGGAGCAAGGCAGCAAACCUGUAGAACCCUCUGCCUGUCUUAGUAAGUUAAAGGGGUCCCAGCAAAACCCAGCAGAGAAGAGACCCAGGUACUCCCUUUCAAAGCCCCCAAAUUCCAAGCUUAUUAUGACCCUCAGCCCCAGGAAGAGGGUUACAGAGAACAACCAUGCGUCCCAUGGACGAGAGUGGAGCUGUGAGCCGAUCCACCAUCUGAUUCCCCAUGAGGGAGAGCUGAUGAGAGAGCAGUCCCAGAGUUAUGAUUCGUUUAACCGUCCCCUCAAGCAAAAUUCAGAAUUCGUGAGACACAUGAGAAAUCGCAGGACUGAGAAACCAUAUAAAUGCACUGAAUGUGGGAAAGCUUUCAGCAGGAGUUCACACCUCAUUCGACAUCAGAGUAUUCACAACGCAGAAAAGCCCUAUGAGUGUAACGAAUGUGGAAAAGCCUUCAGUCAGAGAUCAUCCCUUAUUGGACAUCAAAAAGUUCACAGUGGAGAGAAGCCCUAUAAGUGUAAUGAGUGUGGGAUUGCCUUCAUCUGGAGUUCACACCUCAUUCAACAUCAAAAAAUUCAUAGUGGAGAAAAACCCUAUGAAUGUACUGAAUGUGGGAAAGCCUUCAGUAGAAGCUCAUACCUGAUUGGACACCAAAGAAUCCAUAGUGGCGAGAAACCUUAUGAGUGUAACGAGUGUGGGAAAACUUUCAGGUGGAGAUCAGCCCUUAAUGAUCAUCAUAGUAUUCAUAAUGGAGAAAAACCCUAUGAAUGCAACGAGUGUGGGAAAGCCUUUGGGGGGAGAUCACACCUGAUUCGGCAUCAUAGAAUCCAUAGUGGAGAGAAACCCUAUGAAUGUAAUGAGUGUGAAAAAGCCUUCAGUAGGAACUCGCAUCUUAUUAGACAUCAGAAAGUUCAUAGUGGAGAGAAAUUCUGUGAAUUUAAUUAAUGCAGGAGAGACAUCCCUCAAGUGGUAGACUUUAUGGCGUCUGCUCUUAUUCUUAGUGGAGAGAAAUCCUGUCUGUCAUUGAAAAGUGCUUCAGGUAGAACUCAUCCUUUAAUCAUUGUUAGAAUAGGCUUCUUGGAGAGAAACAUCCUGAACAAAAGAGACUUCAGGGAACCGGCUCUCCCCAGCUCCCCAAAACAAAACCUGUAGGGACAAAAUUAAUCCCUCAAAAUAAGAAGAGGAAGCCUGAAACCACUACUGGGAAGGAGACAGAGAAGGGAGCAAGGCCUGAGGCUACUCCCCUGAGACUAGGACCAAAGGGUCUGAAUAGGAGAUGGAGCUUUUUUGCCCAGGCCUGCCAUGUAGGUAGGCCAAGAAGCAAGAGAAGAAUGAAAGGAAGGGCCCCCUUUAGGGCGAUGGUGGGUCACAAGCUGGUAGCAUCUGGCAGCGACUGUGGUAACUAGCUUCUGAGCUGGGGCUGGAAUUGGGGAAUCAUAGAUGGAGUUGGAGUAGAAUAUUGUCCUCAUUUUAUAGAUGAGGAGACUGAGAUUCCAAGAAAAUUGAAGGAUUUUCCCUAGGUUACUUAUAGCUAGCUUUGGAACCCCAAGGACUCUUACUCCAGAUCCAUUGAUCAAAUUCCCUCUAUUCUGACUCUAGCUUCAGGGAUGACCCAGCCCCACCACUGAAGGAGAGGGAAAGAGGGUCACCUUAAGUAUCAGUUUAUUCAAGGUGGGAAAAUUGAAUCAACAAAGAGACAGAAUACCGUUCAAUAGAUGGUUGCCAAGUCAAAGGACUGGAUUUGUUUGUAAAUUUUUCAAUAAGAACCAAGGGACAAAAUGAAACCCAAAUGCCAGCAGAAUCAGUCCCACAAAUACUAGGAAAAUAAAUUGGAUGAUCACAUUAAAGACAGAGGGUAAUUCAGCUACCAAAAAGCCAAGGAAGAGAUAGAGGAAAAAUGUAAAGCAAAGAGAGAGACCAGCCUUGAGACUUUGUUGGUAUAGGUCAGGAAACUCCUUCCACCAAUGCAGGUUGAAUGGGUAAAUUCCUUCUCUGCAACUUAAGUCCUAGGGACUUGCUUGGAGUACUUGCCCAGCUGUUAUUCUGUAUCAGAGAUAGGAUUUAAAUAUACAUCUUUCUGGCCCUGACACCAUCUUUCCAUAAAAAUGGUUCUCAAAUUGUUUGGUCUCAGGACCCCUUUUUACACUUAUAAAAAUGAUUGAGGAUCCUUUUUCCAAAGAGCUUUUGUUUAUGUGAAUUAUAUCUAUCAGAUCUGACCAUAUUAGAAAUUAAAACGUUUCGGUAUUAUUGUGAAACUAGUUUGGCCUCAUGUAUACCCUGAAAUGGUUUCAGAGACACCCAGGUUCUCCUUUGAGAACCAUUGCUGCCUCUCAAUGCAGAACACAGAAAAUCAAAAUGACAGUAGAAGCAAAAAUUAAGUAUCAGAGCAAAGUUCAGUGAAUUAUAAUAUUUAAUACUUGUCUAGUAAUUUCUGUCAUAGAUCCCACUUUAUCCUCAACACACCUUUCGAGGCAAUGUGAGUGGGUAAAAAGGAUUGGAUUUUGGUCACCUGAGCUUAAUUUUUCUACUAGUCAUCUAACUGAUAUAUACAACAUGUCCGAUACGGUUACAAGAAGUGUGUCCAUGUUUCCUUCUAAUAUAACUGGACAAAUCUUGAAAGUCACAGAAUGCCAAAAAGUACUUAAAAGGCUUAAAGACUCUCAAACCAUGUACUACUUAGGAUCCCAGAAGUGAUCACAAAAAAAAAAACUACAUUUGUGUAGAAAUAAUUGGAGAA